CUUGAAACAGGAGAGAGACAAAGGCCUCUCUCUCUCUCUCUCUACUUGUGUCGAUUUUAAUUCAUCCCUAUAUCAAAUUCGAAAUUCCUCUACUGCACCAAACAACCUCUGUAAACCCUACCUUACGUCUUGAUCAAUCUCUCAGACAUUCGGAUUUCUUAUUACAAAAUUCUGAAUUUGAAAGUCUCAAACGCUGAGAAUUUGUGAUUUUGGAUUGUGCUGCGGUGAUAAAAGGUUUGGGAAUUUUUUUGGGUGAAUAAAGGUUUGGGAAUUUGCGUUGUGGUUUUUGCGAUGAAGAGGUAAAUAGAUGACGACGACGACGAGAAAAACGAGCAGCUGUGCCAUCUGUGACAACUCCAAUCUUGCUUCCAUUUGCCCCGUCUGUGUCAAUUACAGAUUAAAUGAGUAUAGUACUACUUUGAAGUCAUUGAAGAGUCGUCGGGAUUUACUGUAUUCAAAAUUGAGUGAAAAGCUUGUGGCAAAGAGUAAGGCGGAUGAUCAGCUCAGUUGGAGGGUGCUUCAAAGUGAGAAGCUUGCAAGAUUAAGGGAGAAGCUUCGUCUUAAGAGAGAACAAUAUCUGCAAGGGAACACUAAGAUUGAGAAGAUGUCAUAUGAUUUAAAAGUCAAAUAUGAAUUGCUUGAGUCAGCCAUGACUGUGUUGGAAAGAAAUCGUGUGGAGCAACUGGAAAAAUUCUACCCUAAUCUUAUAUGUACGCAAAGCUUGGGGCAUAUGGCGAUUACCUCGGAACGUCUCCACAAACAGUCUGUUGUUAUCAAACAGAUUUGCAAGUUGUUCCCACAACGUCGGGUAAAUAUAGAUGGAGAGAGAAAAGAUGGGUCGAGUGGUCAAUACGAUCAAAUCUGUAAUGCACUCUUACCAAGAGGACUUGAUCCCCAUUCAAUUCCAUCUAAAGAACUUGCUGCCUCUUUGGGGUACAUGGUGCAACUUUUAAAUCUUGUUGUUCACAGUGUUGCUGCUCCUGCUCUUCAUAACUCAGGUUUUGCGGGUUCAUGCUCCCGAAUAUGGCAACGAGACUCUUAUUGGGAUGCCCGUCCGUCUUCCAGAAGCAAUGAAUACCCGCUAUUUAUACCGCGCCAAAAUAGUUGCACUGUUAGUGGGGAGACUUCGUGGUCUGAUAGAAGCUCAAGUAAUUUUGGUGUUGCUUCAAUGGAAUCUGACAGGAAGGCCCAUUUGGAUUCUUCUCGUAGUAGUAGCUUCAACUAUUCUUCGGCUUCGCCACAUUCUGUUGAAACGCAUCAGGACUUGCAGAAAGGGAUUUCACUUAUCAAAAAAAGUGUGGCAUGCGUAACAGCUUACUGUUAUAACUCAUUAUGCUUAGAUGUCCCUGCUGAGGCAUCUACUUUUGAAGCAUUUGCAAAGUUGCUGGCCACACUUUCUUCCCCCAAGGAAGUGCGAUCUGUUUUUUCAUUGAAAAUGGCUUGUUCGAGGUCAUCCAAGCAAGUUCAACAACUGAGCAAAUCAGCAUGGAAUGUGAAUUCAGCCAUUUCGUCGAGCACUUUACUAGAGAGUGCACAUACAAUACCUCAAAUGAGAAAUACUUGUGACAAUAACUUUCCAAGUUCUGCUGCCAGUUUUCUUUAUGCCACCGAACCAUCUGAUAUUGGAAAGUAUGAAAACCUUAUAGAAGGAUGGGAUCUUGUGGAGCAUCCGACUUUUCCUCCUCCUCCAUCACAAACUGAGAAUGUUGAGCAUUGGACUCGAGCUAUGUUUAUUGAUGCAACAAAGAAAUGAUCAGGCACUUCAACAACAGCCUACUACUCUAGAUCAGGGAAGAAGACAAUUACUAAACAUAGGAUGACCAGAUGGAGUAACAUGUAAAUCUUGUGAGAUGGCUGACUUGUAAGUAGAAACUAAUCUAUAGAUUAUAGUAUAAGUAAAUUUGUAUUUUUCUUUCUGUUUUCGUAACUUUUUUUGUGGAUUUGCUAUGGUUUUGUAUUGAAUUGAACAAAGUCAAAAUCUUUCCAUUCUUGUUUGUUUGUUUGUUAAUUAAUUAAUUUAUUUCUAGCGAGA